CCUCAAUCAUCAUCACGGGUCGAGAUUCUGCGGGUGGGCUUUCGUUUUCUGAUUGAGAGUGGUGAAUGGAAUCGGCAAUUUCGUCUGCAUAAAAAAGUGAUCAAUGCACCCUGAUGAGUACCAACACUGUGUCCAACGACAGACCUCAUGAGCUACGUCUUCUAUGUGAAGCCGGCCAUCAAGAUCCAUCCCAAGAGUCCGCAGCUUCACCAACGUCCCUAGGCCUGGCUUACCGGGCGGAGAACAGCCCCUCUGGUCUUCCGGAUGUGAUCUUUGCCCCUCAUCUUAACCUGGAGACCACUCAUUUAAACUCUCCGUCCCAGGAGAGGCAACCACUCCUCAGACCGUCUUCAGGAGGACCCCUGAGGAGUACGGAUCAAGAUGACUUCAAUGUCUUCAAUGAGGAUGCGGAAUAUACAGACUUUGUUAAGAGAGCAGAGGAUGCUAUCUUUCAGGGGAUUUACCCGGAAAGAAUAUCGCAGGGAUCGAGCGGAAGCUAUUUUGUCAGAGACAUGGAGAAGAAAACUAUUUCCGUAUUCAAACCAAAGAGUGAGGAGCCGUACGGACACCUCAACCCCAAAUGGAUCAAGUGGUUUCAGAAAACCUGUUUUCCCUGCUGUUUUGGGCGAAGUUGUUUGGUUCCAAACCAGGGCUACCUCUCAGAAGCAGGUGCAUACCUCGUUGACAAGAAGUUGAACUUGAAUAUUGUUCCUAAGACUAGAGUUGUACGCCUUGCUAGUGAGACAUUCAAUUAUUCACCCAUUGACAGAGCAAAGGCCAGGACCAAGAAGUUUACAUUAGAGAAAUUUGAAUCAAUCGGGAGAAGAUUUCACAGAAUUGGACUGCCUCCAAAGGUCGGUUCGUUUCAACUCUUUGUCAGUGGGUACAAAGAUGCAGAUUUCUGGCUGAGAAGGUUCGACACAGAAGCUUUGCCAGAGUCCACGUCCAACCAAUUCCAGAAGAACUUUGAGCAGCUUGUAGUGCUUGACUACAUCAUUAGGAACACAGAUCGAGGAAAUGACAACUGGCUGAUAAAAUAUGACAAAUCAGAGGUGGACGAAAGUGCAGAUCUUGAGGAGAGCUCUGAUUGGUCACUGGUCAAACCACCUGACGUCAAAAUAGCAGCCAUUGACAAUGGUCUGGCAUUCCCCUUUAAGCAUCCUGAUGAAUGGCGAACAUACCCGUACCACUGGGCCUGGUUGGGACAGGCCAAGAUUCCCUUCUCAGAUGAAAUCAAAGACGCAGUCUUGCCUAAACUCACAGACAUGAAUUUUGUGGAGGACCUUUGCCAGGAACUCCGUGAUCUCUUCUCAAUUGAUAAAGGAUUUGAUCGCCAGAUGUUUGAAAAACAGAUGUCAGUUAUGAGAGGGCAGAUCUUGAACUUGUGCCAAGCCAUGAGGGACAACAAGAGCCCAGUCCAGCUCGUCCAGAUGCCGGUGGUCACCGUGGAGAAGACGACCAAGGACGGUCAUCCAGGCCGAGUCCGUCAACACAGCGACUCCUUCACCCAGAGCUUUCAUCAUCGUCAUCCCUUUUUCUCGUGGUGUUGAUGACGACAUUGUCAAUGGUUAGAGAAUACCAUUAGGGGAUUCAGACCUAGAAGCGCACGCAGGCCACGGAGGCAUGGCCUCUGUUGCCCCUGGUCUUGGCCUUGGUGCCCUUCAAAUUAUUCACCACAUAGACCGUCUGACCUAGUCACACAGGCCUCGAUAACGAUAAAAAUGCACGCUCUCGAUGGUUUGAAUGAGCAUGGGCGUAUUCUGCUUGAGCAUUUCAACCAUUCGAGGGUGUGCAUUUUUAUUGUUGUCGUUUAUGUUCUCGUUAUCGGGGCAUGUGUGACUUGGCCUUAACUGUUGAAUGCUGCUCGAGCUAGCGAUCAAACUUAAUCACUAGCUAGACCAGCAUGCACCUCCACUCCUAACUCGCGCCUACUGAGUAUUUGAGAUAAGGUCUAUGGAAGAACUAUUGCAAAAUGAAAAUGGCCUUGCCCUCAUAAAGAUGAACUUCCAGGCCUGUGGGUUGGCCCAUGAUCUGUCUUUCAUUUAUAAUCGCAAAAGCGUCCUAAAUAUCUCACUUUAUAAUUCAAACCUACAUACUUGACUGAUCAUCUAAAAGCAUGGUUUUACAUGUAUAUGAUAAUAACACUACUGUGAUGAGUAAUAUGCCUGUGAUUUUUUUUUCACAGAGCUCAGGAAAGUACUGAGUAUAACAGACAUUGGUGUGUAUGAGUUAAACCAAAAUUAAUCCCCUUUAUCCCCGAUACAAAUUUAACAUCUACAUGUAUUAUUGUUGGGGUACCCGCUGACAAAACAUAGGAUUUUAACUGCCUCUAGCUACCGGGCAAUCUCAGUCGUCUAGUUGGUAAGACACUGCUCUAGAAUUGCAAGGGUCGU